AUGAGAGUGAUGGAGAAUCCUGUUGUGAGUUUUGCAGCAGUGUCAUUGGUGUUCAUUGGGGUUAUAUUGCUCUACCACAGCUCAUCCUAUUUCACCAACCAAGUCAUUCUAUUCCAAAAGGAACCACUCUGCAACCAAUCAAAUCUUACCACCACCAACGUUGAAGCAGAUGGAGAUAGCCUUGGUUCUGCUUUGGCAAAAGGUUCAAUGGGAAACAAAACAGUGAUGAUUGCCAUAGUGAACAAGGCUUAUGUGGAGAGUGAGAGCAGCAUGCUUGAUAUAUUUCUGAGCAGUUUUUGGGUUGGAGAGGGAACAAGGUCACUCAUUCAUCACAUUCUCUUAGUUGCUGUUGACCAAAUUGCCUAUGAUCGAUGCAUCUUUCUCAACCUCAACUGCUUCAGAUUGCAAACAGACGGUGUUGAUUUCGAAGGUGAGAAAAUUUACAUGUCUCAGGAUUUCAUCAAGAUGAUGUGGAGAAGAACUCAAUUCCUCUUGCAGGUUCUCAAACGUGGCUACAACUUCGUUUUCACCGACACUGAUGUAAUGUGGCUAAGAAAUCCAUUUACAAGAUUAAGCAAAAAUGAGACAGAAGAUCUUCAAAUCAGCACAGACGUGUACCAUGGUGAUCCUUGGUCAAAGAGAAACCAAAUCAACACUGGAUUUUACUUUGCCAGGUCAAACAACAAAACUAUCUCCUUGUUUGAAACAUGGUAUGAUCAAAAGGACAAAUCCAAAGGAAAAAAAGAGCAAGAUGUGCUUGUUGACCUCAUUAAUGGUGGCAUAAUUGAACACUUGGGACUUAGGGUUAGGUUUUUGGACACCCUUUAUUUCAGUGGGUUUUGUGAAGAUAGCAAGGAUUUUAGGGCAGUCACCACUGUCCAUGCCAAUUGUUGUAGGAGCAUCCAUGCAAAGGUCUUAGAUUUGAAGGUUGCCCUUAGUGAUUGGAAGAGAUUUAGAAAGUUGGAUGCUAAUUCCACUAUGAAUCCUCAAUGGACUAAGCAUGAUUGGUGUUGGCAAUCUUGGGGAAGACCUAAACAAGGAAAUGGCCAUAACCAUCAUGUGUAG